AUGCCGAAUCGGGAGCAAUCGCAGCGGCAUUCGCAGCUGCUGGGCGGGCUCGACGAGGAAGUGCCCGACCUGGCAGCGACGCUCGGCACCUACGCCCACUCUCCUUCUCCCUCUCACGCCGCCGACGAGGCCGACGAGGCCAACCUGAGCUUUCUGCGCGACGCCGCGAUCGCGCUCGAGCAGGACCCCGAGGCCGACCCCCAUCGUCCCUCCGACGCCCGCCGCAGCAACCUCAUCGACCCGUAUCGCGAUCCCCGCCGAGCCACCGGGCAGCAUAUUGAGUCCGUGGACGGUCAACGAAGCGCUGGUGGUGCGGCCUCGCAGACGCAGACCCAGACGCAGACCCAAACGCCCCCGGCAGACAGCCGGGACGACCUCUGGCGCCGGGAGCGCCUGCAGCGUGUGCUCGCUCGCUUGAACCGCAUCCACGAUCCCACGGGGACAUCUUCUGCCUCGGCCUACGGCAAUCGUACGCCUUCGCCCAACCGUCAGAGACUCUACGACUGGGCCCCGUCGCAUGAGGAGCCCGCGCAGGAGGACACCGAGCUGGACCAGAUCCUCGCCGAGCUACGGCGACAGCAGCCCGACACACACCCAGAUAUCCUCCGCGUGUUGAGCCAGAGUCAACUGGACGCUUCACGCCCGCGAGAGCGAGACGCGCCGGUGCCCCCGCCCACGACCGAUCAGACGGAUGCUGUGGACCGGAGAGAGCGACUGCGAGAGCGGAGACGGCGGGAGAACGGCGACUGGGUGAGUCUGCGCAGUAGGGCGGUGCUCCAGCGAGCGAGACAGGAAGGCUCGCCAUCGGCCACGGAGAGCAUGUUGCGGUACGUCAUGGAGCGUGAGCGCAGUGGCAUGAGUGAGGAGGAGGAGAGGGCGCGAGGCACCGGCUGGUUCAGCCCGGCCGGCAGAUCUGGAAAUGAACAACAUCGUGGAGGGAAUCCUUCCAGAGAGCCUUGGCCUCUUCCUCCUUCCGCCAGCGAGAUCCGCGCCAGGACCCUUCAAGAGCGAGCAGAAGUCAUGCAGCGCCGCCAUCCGGCAGACUUUGCUCCUCCUCGGCUGCCUCGCAUAUCAACUCCGCCGGCGCCUGUGACCUCCACGCCCUCAGCACCUAGCUCGCAAUUUCUGGAAAGCGCACUCAAGUAUCUCGAUCAGCUACGAUCCUGCUACCGAUAUGAAGAAGCCCUGUCCGCCGCCAUUGACCACGGCUUGGCCACCAAAGAGUUCUUUGCUGACAAGCACGACGACUUCGUCAUGGACUUGGAAGAAGUGAAUCCGAUCGCAGGAUCCUCAUGGCUGCAGGAAGGUACCGUAUUCGAAGGACACCAACAUGCUACCGCCGCGUCUCCCGGGCUGUUGCAAUCAAGGCCCACGAGCUCCUCCUCCCAUUCCAUGGAGCAGAUCAACCCCAAUUACCGCAAUCAGGGCGUCGGCACCACGACAGGAUUUGACCAUCCUCCAGCCUCGACUAGGAUACACCCAUUUGACGCCACAAGACCAUGGAUAUCUCACCAAUUCACACCUCCUUAUUACCCGGCACCUGCACUUCAAGGCACUAAGCCUUCAGAUUCGUCACACGAUCACUGGCCCGUGCGUGUGAUCAUACAUGCCGUCGACCCGGACAGAAUGACGCUGCAGGGUACGAUGGAAGCCUACGACGUACCUCAACACCCUGCCAGUUUUUCCAGUCUAAACUCCACCGAUCGGCCAAAGGCUGGAAAAAAGAACGCGCCCAUCACUACAUAUCUCGAGGGGCACAUCAUUGACCUCGCCACCCACCCAUUUCUCACGCCGAGCGCAUCGGAGGCUAAACGCAUGGGACCGCACUCGACUGCUACGCAGAACGCAACGCCGUACACCACCCUCUCGGACGCCAUCUCUUUCCCGUCGGCAAAUGCACAUACCGAUGCCGCCAACUGGCGCAAACUCCCCCCCUUCAAUGCGCUCCCGUCCGACGAGGAGACGGCGAGGUGCUUGCUUUCCAAGGCCCGCAUGGACGAGAUCCACGAAGAAUUCAUCUUCAUGCGCUGGAAGGAGCGAUGCUUUGUGCACGGCAAGAACGACAAGUGUAGCGAGACGGAGCGGGCCGGGGACCAAGAUCGCGGGCACGGGCUGACCAUCAGUGGCUUCUACUACGUGAGUCUGAAGAGGUCGAAUGGGGCGGUCGAGGGGCUCUACUUUGAUCCGACGAGCACACCGUACCAGCACCUGAGGCUGAAAGGUCAAAGGACGGGCUGGCCGGCUUUUGAGUUUCGGUGA